GAUCACGGAAUUUUUUAAAUCCAAAUAAACGUAACUUGGAAAGUGAUGCAAAAAUAAGCCAGUAACGUUAGCAGCAACCACGCCUGACUACUGCCGAAGUUUAGCUAACCAGCUGCACACAGAGUCAGCCAGCGGUGUCCUGUGCUAGGAACCGACAGAGUUCGGCAGGCGCUUUCCCCGUACUCCUCUCCGAGAGACCUCCGUCAGCUGCAGAGGAUUUUCACUUUUAAUUGAAUGCUACAUCAAUCAUAUUGUUUCUUAGGUGGCAUAGUCCUAUAUACUUAUCUUUGUACUUGAUGGAGCUAGAAGCAUUACAUUCUAUUUAUGAAGGAGAUGAGUGUUUCAAAGAACUUAGUCCUGUUUCCUUUCAGUAUAGGAUAGGUGAAAAUGGCGAUCCCAAAGCCUUCCUAAUAGAAAUUUCGUGGCCAGAAACAUACCCCCAGACAGCUCCAAACAUAUCCAUGAAUGCUUUCUUCAACAACACCAUAUCUUCAGCUAUAAAACAAAGUAUAUUGGAUAAAUUAAUGGAAGAAGUUGAAGUUAAUCUUGGAACGGCCAUGACAUACACACUUUUUGAAUAUGCCAAAGAUAAUAAAGAAUUGUUCAUGGAAAAUCAACCUGUUCAUAUUGUGACAUCUGUAGGCAAUAACAUCGCAAUUGGAACUCAUGAAAUAGCCCCAUCAAGUAAGAAAAGAGACAAAAAGGAGCAGUUGUCCAAAACCCAGAAACGAAAGCUAGCAGACAAAACAGAUCACAAAGGGGAGCUUCCUCGAGGAUGGAACUGGGUGGAUGUAAUUAAGCAUUUAAGCAAAACUGGUUCUAAAGAUGAUGAAUAAUGGAAUUUGAUACAAGGAAACUUCACCUUUUAAUACAGUGCAAUUUGGGUCAACAUCUCUCUCUUAAUAGCUUUUUUCUCUUGUCAGAGUGGAACAUUUUAUAAAAGGACAAUUUCCUAAUUAUUAAACCUGAGUACAGAUGUUUAUCCAGAGAUUAUUCUGUUAUUACAUUUUUCUUCACAAACAAAAACUUGCCUUAAAGGGAAGAUAAGUGCGACAUUUUUAUAUUGAACUUUUAGAAAGCCUAUUUGGUUUCUAACUGUCAAAUGCUGAAAAGAAUAGUGAAAUAUGCCGUGUUAAUUUAUAUUGUUUUACUCUGUAGUAAGAAUAUAGUAAAAUUCUGUUAGUGAAUCCUCUGAUAUUGUGACUAUUUCCUGAAGUUCUCAUUCCAAUGGAAUAAAAAUAUUAAAAGUGAUUAAUCACUUGACAGCAUAGUUCAUUUAAAAUAAACUCCCUUUAAACAAAGCCUUCUUGAUUUGUUCCUCUACAAAUGCAGAAAGGGAACACAACACAAUUAUAUCAAAUGAUUUGUCUAGGUCUAGGCUGUCUACAUUGCACACCUUACAACGGUGCGGCUGUGCGGCUACAGCUGCGUUGUUGUAAGGUGCGCAGUGUAGCUGCUCUUUGUUGCCAGGAGAGAGCUCUGUCUACACUACCGACCUUACAGCGGCACAGCUGUACCACUGCUGCUACGCUGCUGUAAGGUCUCCAAUCUAGCCGCUCUAUGACUAUGGGAGAGAGCUCUCCUGCUGGCAUAAUUAAACCACCCCCAAUGAGCAGUGGUAGCUAUGUUGGUGGGAGAGUCUCCCACAGACCUAGCACUGUCCACACUGGCGCUUUUGUUGGUGAAACUUAUGUCGGUCAGGGGUUUGUUUUUUUCCCCCCACACCUCUGACCAACAAAAGUUUUACCAGCAGAAGUGCUAGUGUAGACAAAGCCUGAAGUUUUUGGUCCUGGUUUAACUCUAGUUAAAACAACCUGCAUAUGGUGGUGAUGCAACUGAGUUUCUAUAGACUUGCCAGUAACACUAUUGCCUGAAAUCAGAGUAAGUUUCUGGCUCUGAUUUUGACUGACUAGCUCAAAGUUUCAGCUAGACAAGGGUAGAGAAAGUAGCAACAUGUGACACUUGUAAAUGCUAGUGCAAAAAGGACCACACACCCUAGUCUAGACAAAUUCAAAGUGAAAGAAUGAGUGGUUACAAUACCAGUGUGUGUUGUCAGUUCAGCCCAGUGUGCACGUGUUGUAGUCCUCCUCACAUAUAUCUUUAGAGGAGGUCAGGGUGUUUGCGUGGAGCUGUCGUACUGAUAGUGAAUUUCUGAAUGUUACGAUUUGGUGGCUUUUUCCAUUGGAUAAUCAGUGGUUUACCAUGAGGAUUUUAUUUCCUGAAUUACAGGACACUGGGGGGGAAAAAAAUAACCACUCUCCCAUGAUGGGAAACAUUUUUUGUACAGGUUUGUUGUCUUGUAUCAAAGAAAAAAAUCCUCUUUACUGUAUAAAUGGUAACUGAAUACUAAAUGCCUUAAUGUCAUUUAAUAUUUGAGAUUUUGAUCUUAAUAAAUGCCUAUUUAACUGCCA